AAGUUGACGCAAACUAUGGCACUAUUGUGGCGUUCCAAGCGGAUUUAGCGUGUACUAAGCGUCGGGAGUGUUUCCCCUAGCAGCAAGUAGACGCACUUUCAGGAUUUUUUCCCAAAAUGAAGUUUAAUCCAGCUCUGCUAUUGUGUUUCACUAUGCUUUUGCAAAGGAGGCGUAAUAGAAGGGACAAGGAAAAGCAACGAGUAAGGAAAAGGCCCUGGAAGCUUCCCCAUCUUUAUCUGCAUGAAGAGCAGGGAGUUUUUCCCAACCUCAUCCAGGAGUUGAGAUGCAAUGAGGAGGAGAAAUUUAGAAAUUUCCUACGUAUGCCACCAAAGAUUUUUGAUGAAUUACUGGUGUUGGUAACACAUUUAAUUAAAGUACAGAACACCUCCUUCAGAGCCAGCAUAUCUCCAGCAGAAAGGCUUGCUAUCACUCUUCGUUUUUUGGCAACUGGUGAGACUUAUCGCAGCUUGUCCUACACGUUCCGAGUGGGAGAGACAACAAUUGGACUGUUGGUCCCCAAGACCUGCAGUGCAAUUUACCAAGUUCUACAGCCAGAGUUCUUGAAAUGUCCACAGACUAAGGAGGAGUGGAAAAGCGUUGCAAAAGGGUUUCAAGAAAAAUGGAACUUCCCCAACUGCAUAGGGGCAUUAGAUGGGAAGCACAUCAACAUCCGACCUCCCAUACAUUCAGGCAGCAAAUACUUCAACUACAAGCAACGGUUCAGCAUUGUAUUAAUGGCCCUGGUAGAUGCCGACUAUAAGUUUCUGUAUGUGGAUGUUGGUUGCAAUGGAAAGGUGUCUGAUGGAGGUGUAUUUCGUGCAUGUACACUUGAUCAGAGCAUGCGGGACAGAACUGCAAACAUACCAGAUCCAACACCAUAUCCAGGGGAUGAUACUCCCAUGGCCUACACAAUCGUAGCUGAUGAUGCCUUCCCCCUAAGAGAUGAUAUUAUGAAACCCUACCCUUAUCGUUCAAUGGAGCUGGACAAACGUGUCUAUAAUUACAGGCUGUCUCGUGCCCGAAGGGUAGUUGAGAACGCUUUUGGGAUCAUGGCAAAUAAAUUCCGGGUUCUUCUGACUAACAUCGCCCUCCCACCAAAAACUAUAGAUAAAAUAGUUAUGGCAUCAUGCGCCCUUCACAACUAUUUGCACGUUAAGAUUGGGAAUGGGUAUAUGGCAAAAGUUGGAGACAGUGAGGAUCCUGCAACACAUGAUAUAACCGCGGGUUUGUGGCGUAAAGAUCCACAGAUUGAACAGGCAGCUCUGAACCCAGGUACGAACCCAACGAAGAAGGCCAAAGCUCAUAGAGAUCUGCUAAAGUCAUACUUUAAUUCUGAGCUGGGGGCUGUUGACUGGCAGUGGGGCAAAUGCUAAAUAUGCUAUGUCACAUAGUGAAGUAAUGAAAUAAUUAAAAAAUGAUAAAAUAAUUUGUGUUUAUUAUUUAUUGUCCCA